GUGCCGCUGAGCCGGGCAGAGCAGAUAGACACCGAGGAAGGCUAGUGGAGGGAGGAAUGCUGCCUCAUGCCGCCGGGGCUCACCGAGAACUAAAAAUCUGACGUCCAGCUCUUUGCGACGGACUCUGCUGAUUCUGGAAAAGAGGAAUAACUAUACCAAAAUGCAUCGCUUUGGGAUCUGGAUGCUGAUGGCGGCUCUGCAGGUUGUUGUUCUGGGCGGAGAAGCUGAGCCUCCAUUGUCAGGCAAACAGGGGUCGUUGCCAUGCAUGAGGGGCUUUACUCAGAAGGAAUACAUCAUCGAAAUGGACCAGGAGCUGGCAAAGGGACAGGCUGUCUUCAACGUGAGCUUUGUGGACUGUGGUGGAGGGAAGGUGUGGUUUGAGGUUGGAGAUUCGUCUGACUUCAGGGUGACUGAGGAUGGUGUCAUCUACAGCCUGCGGCGCCUCAACCUGGCAGGAAAGGGAAAAGCUGUGGUUGUCGUCUACGCUCGAGACCUGCAUUCAAAGCAGAUCUGGAAGACCAGAGUGCACCUCUAUUCCCAUCCAAACGGCAGUAGUGCAGGACCCCAACAGGUAAAGCCCAGUGAUGCAACACUGACUCAGCGGGUACGGGAGAUCUUGUUUCCAUGGCACAGCGUGGUUGUCAGGGGAGAUGGCACUCUGAGGCGAGUGAAGAGAGACUGGGUCAUUCCGCCUAUCAACGUCCCUGAGAACUCACGAGGACAGUUCCCUGAGGACCUAGUCAGAAUCCGUUCAGACCGAGAUAAGAACCGAAUGCUGCGCUACAGUGUGACAGGCCCUGGGGCUGACCAGCCUCCGACUGGCAUAUUCAUCAUCAACCCAAUCUCAGGCCAGCUGUCUGUCACCAAGCCUCUAGACAGAGAGCACAUCUCCAACUUCCAUUUGCGAGCCCAUGCUGUGGACUUAAACGGGAAUCAGGUAGAGAACCCCAUCGACAUCGUCAUUAAUGUCAUCGACCAGAAUGACAACAGACCAGAGUUCACACACACCAUCUUUAACGGCUCAGUACCAGAGGGAUCCAAGCCUGGAUCCUUUGUGAUGACAGUGACAGCAGUGGACAAGGAUGAUCCAAAAACUGCCAAUGGGAUGCUGCGAUACAAGAUCCUUUCCCAGAAUCCCCAGAGCCCCUCAUCCAACAUGUUCACAAUUAACAACAGGACUGGUGACAUCAUCACAGUGGCAGCAGGCCUCGAUCGUGAGAAAGUCACUCAGUACACCCUGAUCAUCCAGGCCACAGACAUGGAGGGAAACCCCACCUAUGGUCUGUCCAACACAGCCACCACUGUGAUCAGAAUCACUGAUGUCAACGACAAUCCCCCUGAAUUUACCACUGACACGUACUUUGGAGAGGUUUAUGAAAACAGGGUGAAUGUAAUUGUUACUAACCUCACAGUGACGGAUAAAGACCAGCCUCACACUCCAGCCUGGAGUGCCGUGUACCGUAUCAUCGCUGGAGACCCCACUGGACGCUUCUCCAUCCCUACUGACCCCACCACCAACGAGGGCCUGCUCACUGUUGUCAAGCCUAUCGAUUUUGAGUUGACACGUUCCUUUAUGCUGACGGUGGAAGCCGAGAAUGAAGUCCCACUGGCCCGCGGCAUCCACCUUCCUCGUCAGUCCACUGCAACUGUCUCUGUACGGAUCCUGGACCUUAACGAGAGUCCCGAGUUCAGCCCAAACCCCAAGUCCAUCAAACUUGAGGAGGGUCUCCCUGCUGGGUCUCUACUUACCACGUUCACUGCCCAAGACCCGGACCGAUUCAUGAGGCAAACUAUUCGGUACUCCAAGAUGUAUGACCCUGCCAACUGGCUGGAGAUUGACCCGGUCAAUGGUCGGAUUUCCACCAUCGCCAUUCUUGACAGAGAGUCUCCUUACGUCAAGAACAACCUGUACAACGUUACCUUCAUGGCUUCUGAUAACGGUAUCCCACCUGCCAGCGGGACAGGCACCCUUCAGAUGUACCUGCUGGAUAUCAAUGAUAACGCUCCUCAUGUGUUCCCCCCUGAGGUAGAAAUGUGUGAGAAGCCAGACCCUAACGCCAUCAACAUCACAGCUAGUGACCCCGACCUGAACCCUAACGCUGGACCCUUUGCCUUUGAGCUUGCUACUCGUCCAUCAGAUGUACGCCGCAACUGGACUCUCAGUCGCGUCAAUGGAGAGUAUGCCCAGCUGCGACUGCGGAUCAGCUCCUUGGCCAGUGGGAUCUAUGAGGUACCCAUCACGAUUACAGACUCUGGCAACCUGCCCAUGUCCAACACGUCAUACCUGAAGGUCAAAGUCUGCCUGUGUGAUCACCAUGGAGACUGUGUGGACAUGGAGCGAAUCAUUGCUGCUGGACUUGGCACCGGAGCCAUCAUUGCCAUCCUAAUCUGCAUCAUCAUACUGCUAGUGCUGGUGCUCAUGUUUGUGAUGUGGAUGAAGAGACGCGAUAAGGAGCGCCAGGCCAAGCAACUCCUCAUAGAUCCAGAGGACGACGUCCGAGACAACAUCCUGAAAUAUGACGAGGAGGGAGGCGGAGAGGAAGACCAGGACUACGAUCUGAGUCAACUGCAGCAGCCUGAUGCUCUGGAACCAGAGUGCGUCAAGGUGGGAAUCAGACGUUUGGAUGAAAGGCCUCUCCAUCAUGACCACCAGUACCCCCUCCGCUCUGCUGCCCCCCACCCAGGAGACAUCGGAGAAUUCAUCCAUGAGGGCCUGAAGGCGGCAGACAACGACCCCACCGCCCCCCCUUACGACUCUCUGCUGGUCUUCGACUACGAGGGCAGUGGCUCUGAUGCCGGCUCCCUCAGCUCCCUGCACUCCUCCUCAAGCUGCGGAGACCAGGACUACGACUACCUCGGCGACUGGGGACCACGCUUUCGCAAGCUGGCCGACCUGUAUGGCGGAGGGGAUGAUUAGAACCCUAAACCCCUGACAACAACCCCAAUCCACCCCACUUCACCCUUGCUCCAAGGCUCAGGUGGUGGAUUGGGUUAAUGGAGAGGAGAACACGGGGGUAAUGAUCGGCACUUCUGUAUUACCACGGGACAGCUUGUAAAGAGUCUCGCUGCCCCCUCGAUGACGGUUAAUGACACUAGGGACCAUUCUGACUCCUGGCCUAGCAAGGCCUGGCACCGGCUAGCAUUCAGGCUAAUGAACAUGAUCAUCUGAGCAUUAGCCCCUGUGCUAACAAAUGUGAGCAGCUAGAACAGUGCAGAAGGGAUGUUGUCUCUAUUAUGGUGAAGAGCUACAACAGCCAUGCUACAGAUGCUCAUUUACACUUGAAUCUCACAGAACAGGAGCACUGGGGUCAAAUGUGCCUUUUUGUACAUUCUUUUGAUUGUGUUCAGUCUUAAUUCUGUACAUUGCUUUAAAGCUCCUGGUGUUUUACAACGGCGACUGGAGGAGCACUUCGCCAUGAUGGUUUGUGUGACUGUGUGUGUGUGUGUCUGGAUGUAUGUAUGUGGAUUCCACCUCAUUACCAGGAUGUGUGUGUAAAAGUAUGUAUGAGUCAUUUCCACAGAGACACACUGGAUGGACACUAAAGGGCAAAGCCUACUAUGAGAAGCCUUGGAUGAUCCAAACUGCAAAAACGUGGCUUUACUGUGCAGCUCUGGGGGUUGAACAUUGCUUCAUCCUAUCCGUUUUAGUCAAGAAAUAAAAUCUGCACUGAUGUAGGCUUAAAAAAUGUACAUUUUCUUUUAACAUGAAUGCCAAAUUCUAAGGCUACCACAUCUGUUGUUGUUAAAAUAGGAAAUGGACCACCUUUCGCUCAUUUUUGAGCAUGUCUGUGUGCAUAAACCACAGCUUCAUUUCCCUGCAUUGCUCAAGUAUUAAUCAGAUUGCCAGUCUUUGUCUAGAAAGGCAGCUAAUAUCAUAAGUUUCAAUUUUCUUUCUGCUCUCCUUUGCUGAUUUUCCUCUAUAAAAUAGCAUCAAAUAGCAUCAAAUCAAUGCAAAGCUUUGAUUAAUUUGCCAUGAAGAAAGGCUGCUUUCAACAUUCAUACAGAGCUGAUAUUUGCCGCACUGUAUUUCAACACCUUACCAGCAGACAAUGUUAUCCGAAGUGCUGUUUGAUUAGUAUGAUUACAGUGCCUAUGGAAAGUAUUCACCCCCUUUUAUUGAUUUAAUAAAUCAAUCAUGGUCAAUUUAAUUUGGCUUUUUGACAAAAAAAAAUAAUGUCAAAGAGAACAGAUUUCUAUAAAGUACCCUCAAUUAAAUAAGAAUAUGUAAUGUAAAAUAAGUUAUGGCAUAAGUGACUGACCUAAUUCAACAGAGGUCCAGCCAAUUGCUUCUCAAAGUCUCACAAUCAGUGUAAGGGGGAUCACCUGAGUGCAGUGAGUGUGUCUCACAUGAUUGUAGUAUAAAGACACGUGUCUGGAAGGUCCUCACUGGUUAAUCAGUAUUCUUGGCUGCCAUUGCACCAUGAAGACAAAAAAAACACUCCAAGCAACUCAGAGAAAAGGUUAUUGAAAAGUAAAAGUGAGGGACUGGACACAAAAAACAUUGCAAGGCACUGAACAUCCAACGGAUUUCAGUCAAAUCCAUCAUCAAGAAAUGGAAGGAAUAUGGCACAUGUGUAAAUCUGUCUAGAUCAGGCCAUCCUGGAAAACCAAGUGACUGUGCAAGAAGAAGACAAGUGAGAAAGGCCUCCAAGACACCUUUGACUCUGAAGGAGUUAUCAGCUUCAGGAGCUGAGAUAGGAAAGACUCUGCAUACAACAACUGUUGGCCAGGUUCUUCACCAGUCAAAGCUUUAUGGAAGAGUGAAAAAGGGAUGUGGGAGACUCCAUGGUCAAAUGGAGAAAGUUCUUUGGUCUGAUGGCCAUUAGAUAAGACGCUAUGUUUGGUAGACACCAAACAGCAUACAUGAUUACAGACACUCCAUCCCCACUGUGCACAAUGGUGGCAGCAUCGUGCUGUGGGGAUGCUUCUCAGCAGCCAGCCUUGGAGGGCUCAGAAAGGUAGUGGGUAAAAUGAAUGUGGCAAAACAUAAAGUCCUUGGGGACAAUUAUAUUCAAGACAAUGACCUGAAGCCUACAGCAAAAGAAAUGGUUUAAAGACAACAAGGUGAAUGUUCUGGAGUGGCUGAAUCAAAGUUUAGAUCUCAGUUCAAUAGAGAAUCUGUGGCUGGACUUGAAAUGGGCUGUUCAUGCCUGAUCCUCAUGCAACCAGGCAGUGCUUGAGCAGUUUUGCAAAGAAGAAUGGAGUAAAAAUGCAGUGUCGAGAUGUAAAAGCCUGAAUGCGACUUAUCCACACAGACACAGUGCUGUGAUUGCAGCUAAAGGUCCAUUUUUAUUCAGUUGACAUUACCUUGCAGAAAUCUGUUCUCACUAUGACAUUAAGGGGUUUUUUUUGGGCAAAAAGCCAAAUAAUACUGACCGUGAUUGAUAAGAGAAUCAAUAACAGGGUAAAACAUCCAAGGGGGUGAAUUCUUCUUAUGGGACUGUAUGUCCUUCACAACCUAAAAUCGGAUGUAGUUCAUCCUUUUGUCACAUAAAAUACAUUCACAGAGUGGUGAAGAAAAGAGAUAAAGUACAUGUUCAUUUAUGUGUUUUGUACAAAUGAAAAAGAGAGAAAAGCAACAAAAAAAUGAAGGCCACAAGCAUAAAAAAGAGAAAAAGAAUCCAAAACCAUGUGAAGUACUUUGGAUUGCAAAGCAGCAGUAACAUCUAUUAAAAUUCCCAUCAUGAAGAGAAAGAAUUGAGUAAUAAAAAAUCAGAUUAAAAUGAUGGGGAGAAUAGGAAAAAAAUGUGUCCAGAUGUUAGUUCAGUAGAUGUGGUCUGGAUGCCCUUUUCAUGCCCAGAUUUAAAUGAUCAGCGUAUGGAGAUGAAUCCUGCCUUAUUCUCUCCUCUUUGGCUCUAAAUGAACAGUCUGACACCUUUCAUCUGUAAUGCCUAAUUCUGACAUAAAAAGGAAAACCAGAAUGUGAAACAGAGGAAGAAAACACAUUAACCAACUGCUAUUUCAACAGUUAGCGCUGACAAAUUUAAGCAAUUAUAUUAAUUUAACUUCACUUAUUUUAUAAUUGCACUUGCAUAUGUUGCAGCUCGUCUUGUUUUGAGCCAUCUGUAGAUCAUUUGUCUAUGAAAGUUGAAAAAUCCAUCCCACAGUUUGGUCUUCAGCAACUUCUUUCCAGAUUUCCUGACACUUAACAGACAUGUUUAUAAAUUCAGAGGUUUGAGGCUCUGGUUUAAGAAACUAAAAAAGUAUUGACAUGUUGUACAAAGUUUCUUAAGACUCAGAAAGUGUCAAAUUAUAGCCACAUAUGUUUUAAUGUUGUCUGAUUUCUAUCCUCUUGCAGAUCUAUCCAACUCUGUGGCUUUUCUUAUGACAGUAUGACCCCCUCUAUACAUACUCUUUUUUUCUUGUGAAUUCCAUUUUUCUCACUCUUAUAAUAGUAAAAAUCAAAAUGUCAUUUCAUGCAAAUCUCUUGUAGGCCUUGAUACAAUUUAAAAUCAGAUGGGCAAAUUUCAUCAGUCAGUUUUUUGAUUGCUUAACAGUUUUGAAUUUCAAACCCCUAUAUUAUAUUCAGAGUCAAAGUUAGAGAGUAGUCAUAAAUAAAGUCCUUAAUUUAUGGUGAGAUACGUAUUAGACAAACUCAAAGCGCUACAGUAAAGCUGCAUUUUUCAAGUUUGGGGCUCCAAAGCUUAUGAGAAGACAUGUACAGUAAUGCUAGACUUUAGAUAGAUCCCUUCUGUUAUUUUUUUAAUUUUUUAUUAUUUUUGCUUUUAUCACAAUGUAACUUAUGCAGCUGAUUGCUAGCUAAUAAAGGGAGACAUCGGUCCUUGUUUUGUAGCAAAGAUACUUCUCGAUACUCUGCUGUGGUGGAUUAAAUACAAAAAGGCAAUGUUCUUCUGUGGCUGAUGGUUUGCCUUAGUGUUCUCUGGUACUGUCCAACUGGCUACUCACUGUAAACUGAAACAUGUACAGAUUGUAUUUUUUCUCUUGUUGUUCUUUUGGCCGUGGUCUCUGACAAUGACAUGCUAAUAUCCUGAUCCUUGUAUAUGUGUAAUUUGGAUUACAAAUUAAAACAUU